AAAUACAUGAUCUCUGGCAGCAUAGCUGAGUUUAGGCACCUAUAGCUAUUGGUUGUGCACAAUAGCCAAAGAGAAAAGCUGAAACCAAGGCUAAUUUUCCAUUCCAUUAUCACAGCUCUCGGUGGUUUCUGUUGUCUCCAAUUUGUUUUAUAGCUUAACUCUUUAUCAACAGUUUCGCAUGUUGAUUUGAAAAUUCUGACUCGACUUUGCUCCGUUUGCAGAUAUCCAGAGAGUGAAAAUGAGCAACUCAGAGACCCCUAAAGAGACAUGCGCUCCACACGUAGUGAAAGAAGAGCUCAUGGCAGCAGGACAAUGGCUGAAGCUGGAGAAGACGACCUAUGUGGACCGCGCCGGAAGCACCAGAACCUGGGAGACCGUGAAAAGGACGACGAGGCAAACCAACACAACUGCAGAUGGAGUUGGAAUCAUCGCUCUGCUGAAGCGCACGCUCCAUAAGGACUGUGUUGUGAUGGUGAAGCAGUUUCGUCCUCCUAUGGGAAGCUACACUCUGGAGUUUCCUGCAGGGCUCAUUGACGAGGGCGAGAGUGCAGAGGUUGCUGCGCUGAGGGAGCUGAAAGAAGAGACAGGAUACAGAGGAGAAGUCGUGGGAGUCACUCCAGUGACCUGUCUGGACCCCGGCCUGUCGAACUGCACCACUCAGAUUGUCAUGGUGAACAUCAACGGAGAUGAAGGAGAGAACAUCAACCCGACACAGCAGCUCGGUGAUGGAGAAUUUGUCGAAGUCGUUCUGCUACCUCUUGAUGAAUUCCAGACUAAAAUAGAUGGUCUUCUGAAAAAAGGGGACAUUGUUGUGGACAGUAAAGUGUACAUGUUUGCCAUGGGGAUGGUCCAGGCCUUCUUUAAGCCCAGGGAGCUUCCAGUCCUGAAGCAGUGAGAGAUCAAGAGAAGAAGAAAUUGUCUUUUUCUGCUACAUAGGGCUCUGGCAUGGGACCGGAAAAUCAAUACUGAAAAGGAAAUCUGAAAUUGACAUAGGAAAGUUGUUGUUGCAUUGGGGUUUGAGACACCAUGUAACCUAGUAUUUUAAUAUUUGUUUCUCUAAGACAAAAAUGGAAUAAUGAUAUGAAGAAAGUGACCCUAUGAUGGAGCCCUAACAUGUAGUGGACCACUGUUUGAUCUCAGAAUGGAGCGACUGAAACAUAUUCUGCUGGCCACUCGUUCAUCGUUGCACCCUUAACUCAGAAUAUAUUUCAGCCUGUAACUUCCAAUGCCUUACUUGACAAACAAUCAUUUCCAGGUUUGUAUGAGAUUAAAUGUAGUUUGAGUUUUGUAAUUUUAGUUUAGUGAUUGUCAAACAUUCCUAACAUACUGUUUUGCCCAUUCAAUGGAUGGACCUGCUACUAGUACUAUGUAAUUAUUGCUUCAUUUAAUUCCUUAUGUGUUUGUUCUCUUGGAUUACCUAAUAAUAUAAACAUUUUGUCUGAAAGCAUGCUAAGACCGCAUGAAACUCACUAACUUUAGAGGAAGUAACAAGUUAUUACUUACAAAAAUCUGCAUUGUAAUAAUAGUUACGUUUAGCAUUUGAUGGAUAAAUGAACAACAUUUGAACAAUGUGGGGGGGGGGGUUUCUCCUGUGUAACUGCACUGUGUUGGGAAAAAAAGAUGCUACAAAUGCAGCAACUUACUGAUGAAUGAGAAAUGAACCUACCUUGUUGUUAUUAACUGGACAUUGAUGCUGUACUUACCCUAACAGUUGCAAAUGAUUGACCAAUAAAUAAAUAUCGCACUA